AGGGCAUUAGGGCAUUAGCAGCUGCAAGCGAAACGCGGCGCGCUUUUCACACCAGCCAUCCCUGCCACCAAGUGUUGUGGGCAUGGUGUGCCUGCUUGUUGGAGAAGGGGACUUCUCGUUCGCCUUGGCUUUGGCGGCUCAGCAGCGGGACCCGGCGGAGGAGUUGGUGGCCAGCUGUCCGCGCGGAUGUGUGGACGAAGCACGUGCCAAUGUGGACAAGCUGACCGCUAUGGGUGUUCGAGUAUUAAUGGACGUGGAUGCCCGGCGUUUGCACGAACACCCGUGGGUGUUGCGUUGCACACAGCUGAGUGAAAUUGUCUUCAACUUUCCACAUGUUGGUGGCAAAAUGAAGAUUCACGAGAACCGCAAGCUGCUGCGAGACUUUUUCCUCAGUGCAGGGCGCGUGUUGCGGCCUGGUUCUCUGGUGCGAGUUGCCCUGUGCCGUGGUCAGGGGGGCACCCCUGCAGAGAGUCACGUGCGUUGUCCCGGCAACACGUGGCAGGUGGUGGAGAUGGCUGCUCCUGGCGGAUUUAUCCUGCACCAGGUUCUGCCCUUCUGUGCGCCAGCAGGAUAUACUCCGCGUGGCUACAGGGGUGGUGCCAAAGGCUUCCACACUGAGGGUGCCCUGACGCAUGUGUUCUGCCUGGUGGGCAGUGCGAUCCCAGUGCUGCCCAGUGCUGCCCCGUCUGCCACCUGUGCAGAGCAGAACCUUGUGGCCACUCGCAUCAGGUCCUUGAUGGCUGCCGACAAAAACCCGCUAGGCAGAACAGUACACCAUGUGGCUAAAAUGCUUGAACUGGGCGUUGGUGACUUGAUUACAUCUUGGGCUGCCCAAGAGGAAGUCUCUGCGACAGAUGCUGUGUGGAGGUGCCGCCUGGAGAGAUCACAUACGUGCUCACCUACUAAGCCACCAUUCAGCCACAUUCUGGACAUUGAUAUCAGCGAUCCUGCCAGGCUGAGAGAUGUCUUGUGCUUGCUUCAAGACAUUUGUAGACACAAUUUGACAUUUCAUGCAUUUUCUUUGCUUCAGGACAGCGUGGACACUGAAGGUUGCCACGGAUACUGCAGGGGCUUGCUUGUAGCCACAUUGAUGUGCCAAACGCCACUGAACUCGCCAACAGCUGAAAUACCUGUGGGCAAAAACAUCUCGUCAUUAAAUCCCAUGACAUCUUGCAGUGCCACUUUUGAAGAAAAUAGCUGUUCACUGCAGACCAGUGCGUGUAAUUUGCUGUCUGAUUGUCUUAGAUCUUUAAACUUUGAUGAUGAUAGAACAGCUCAUCCUGUUUUUCCUUGCAAGAUAAGCCUACAUAUUGAGCUGCUGUCACUUGCAUCCAGCAGCCUCAGUGACUGGCGCCUACUCCUGCCACAACCUGGUCCAAAGCCAUUGUUUCCAACUGCUUCGUUCACUCAUGAUCUUAGUUUCUGGUUGGGUGAAGGAUUUGACCAAGGCAACUUCUUGACAUUUAUUCUCAACAAGGUGGGUGACUUGCUUCGAAGCAUGGACCUCAUUGAUGAUUACUUGGACAGCAAAACUGGACGCCGCAGUCAAUGCUUCAGACUUUGCUACCAGUCACUGUGGAAAGCCUUGAGCCAAGAAGCUGCACGAGAUUUCCAUUUGGCACUGGGUGUGGAUGUCAGUCAAGUGCUUCCUGUGACAGUCAGGUGACUGGACGAACUGCCUUUUUUUUAUGUCACUGAUUCCCUCUCUCUGGUAAGAGUCUACGCCAGUGGUUCUCAAAUGGGGUUCCGAGGAACCCAGGGAGGCCUGCGGAGACCCGUUUAAAUAAAAGCCACAUACUACACGCUGCAUGCGGUGUUGUGACCCCCCCCCCCCCUUUCUUUCUCUCACUGCAAGGGGUCCCUCAUCUAUUCCACCGGUCCACAAGGGUUGCCGAAAAUUCAUGGUUGGGAAACACUGGUCUAGACCAUGGGUUAGUCUGAACACAAUUCGAACUUGCUUGAACGAUAAAAAAGACUCUGCUGAUCUGCAAUCAAGGCUCAUUUGACCACAAGAGCCAAGUAUAACUACAUUGCGUGUAGCAGGGAGUUGACAAUUUCGCAUCAAUAACGGCCAAAAAUUGCUUUGUCUUCCCUUGGCAAACAAAGCUGCUGGUGUGACCAACUAUGGGGCAAAUAGGUCUGACCAGGCCAAUGGGUGAUUUAAAUCAUGGCCCCGUCACGGUGGUGUAGUGGUUAUGGCGCUCGACUGCUGACCCGGAGGUCGCGGGAUCGAAUCCCGGCCGUGGCGGCUGCACUUUCGAUGGAGGCGAAAAUGUUUGAGGCCUGUGUACUUCGAUUUAGGUGCAUAUUAAAGAACCCCAGCUGGUCGAAAUUUCCGGAGCCCUCAACUACGGCGUCUGUCAUAAUUAUAUCGUGGUUUUGGGAAGUUAAGCCCCAUAUUAUUAUUUAAAUCAUGAAAAAUCUUCUAUAAUGCUCAUAUUGUUUGUUUUGAAUUCAUUAAAUUAUGUAUACAACACUGAAAUAUCGAUACUUCGAACUCACAGCGGCCCG